CCAUCCAAGCAACCUUUAGCUGUCAUUUGGGUCAAUCAAUCGGAUUCAAAUUCAAAAUCGGUUCGUUGUUUCCUUUUUGUCCCCGUCAUGAAAUUACCGUGUCAAGAAAAUCCCCACCUGGAAAGCGAACGAACACUUUGUGUGUGGAAAAUAUGUGAAAACAUCCGCUGCUCGUUGGACACCUCCCGGAAGGCUGACCUCCGCAACUGCUUCCUCAAACUUGAUCCUUGCGCGGGGGGAGUCGUCCAGGGCUAUGAAUUCGUCCACCUGGUUAGCUGUGCCAUGGGCGGAUGUCUCUGCGAAGCGGACCUCUGCCGGCUGGCCGAAUAUUUCCAAACCGCCGAUUCCGGUGGCGUUGUCUAUCGCCAGUUCCUGAAUGUAAUCGAUCCCGUCACGCCGGACGAAUCGGAAAGCAUGCUGUACAAAAGUCGAGAUCUUUCGUCCGCCGAACAUCGACGGUUGAAUUUACUGUUGAUGGGGAUCGCUCGAUCGUUGCGGUUCCGGGAACACGUCCUGCGGCCUUACUUCGAAGACUGCGAUCUGAUAGCCAAAAACGAUGGUCAGGUAACGAUAGGGUACUUCAAGCGGGUCUUGUACUUUUUAGGGGUAACGUUGGGUCGAGAUGAGCUGGCACUUCUCAUCAAAAGAUUCACCGUCGGCAGCUAUAAGAUCAACUACCGAACGUUCGUCGAAGAAAUUGAUCACCUUCUCCGCUUCCUCGAUACGACCGGACCCGUUGAUCGAAAAGACGAUGAUGCCAGUCCGGCCAAAGUCAUCAGGGCGGUUCUUCCUAAAGUUGAACGACCCGAUGUGGGAACGGUUGACUUUGCAGAUUUUCUACAAAAACCCACAUCGUACCACAACUGCAUGAAACCAUCCAAGAAGCAGCGAGACUUCGAAUCCCUGAUGUUCAGGAUUCAAAGACAUAUCCUCGAAAACCGUAUUCGAAUUCGGGAAUUUUUCGAACAAUACGAUCUGCUCCGCUGUGGGUGGAUCACUCGAACUCAGUUCAUCCGUUGUAUGGACACCGUUGGAAUAUCUGGACUCUACCGUCUGCCUUUAACAGAUUUAGAGAUAAAGAGUGUUUGUGAUCACUAUCAAAACCCAAGAGACCCGAACAGAAUUGCCUGGACUGGCUUUACUGAUCACAUCGACGAAGUUUUCACUAUAAAAAAUCUCGACCACGGCAGUUUCAUCCCGGUGGAAAGCCCUCCGGAAAUUGUCAAGAAUCUCCCGAAGGAAGGUCGAACACCUUGUGAGGAACUGUCCCAGCAACAGCGGGAUCUGGCAAGCGAAACGGUCCAAUGUAUCCGCACAAUUAUCCAAUCCAGGCGAACGUUGAUUCGGCCGGUGUUCAAUGAUUUUGAUCCGCACCGAAAUGGGCGCGUUACGCGUAGCCAGAUCGGGGAAGUCCUGUCGAUGGUGGGAAUCUUUAUCGACGAGAAUCAACGGUACGCCCUCGAUAAGCGCUAUUCGGAUGAUUUUGGCUUCAACUAUGUGGAGUUUCUGGACGAUGUGGAUCCGGUGGCCGUGGUUCCGUCAACGUACGCAGAGCGUCAGCAACGUUUGAAGGAGUUGAACCAGCAGAAAGAAACCGCUCCCGCCCCUCACGAAACAGACAUCGUACAAGUUCUAGCGAAAGUGAAAGGGCAAGCAGUUCGCAGACGUCUCCGCAUAGUUGACUACAUGAAAGGCUUCGAUCCGUUGAACCACUUCCGGAUAACGAGGGAGCAAUUCGAACGCGGACUCUCUUCGGCAAACGUAGACCUAACUCAAACUGAAGUUUGCACCCUAGCCAAUAUGUUUAGAACGCCGCUCAGAAAUACCAUCGACUACAAGCGGUGUUGCGAUACGAUCGCUGAGAUCGACUACCAGGCUCAUCUGGAGAAGGCCCCGUUGCUGGUGCCACUGAAACAUUUCCCCUCGGACGAUGGCCGGCACAAUUAUUUGAACUUUGACGAGCGGACGUUGGUGUCGCAAACGCUGCAGAAGCUUUCGCGAUAUGCCGACCAAAUUUCCAACUUGAGUUCGAUCUUCAAGGACUUUGAUCCCCACAAUCGGGGCCUGAUUAAUCGGAAUCAAUUGCUGAGAGCCCUUUGUACCAGGGAUCUUCACACGAUGCUUUCGAGCCGGGAGUUUGAUGUGCUGUGCAAGUGCUUCGGCGUUGAUGUCGGCUACCGAAGGGAUGUCAACUAUCGAUCGUUGCUCACAGCUGUUGAUUUCUUGUACGCCAACCGGGACAAUCAUCCUUUCUAGAAAGUUUUUUAAUUUAUUUUUGGACGAUAGAAAUUAUUAAAAGUAGACCUGAAA